CAACAGCAGCUCUCACUUGCUUGUUCACUAUACACAUUUACUACAAAACAGCAUUUCGAUACAAUGUCGCUGGCAGACCGCAACCGGGUUGUGAUCCUUGAGGAUCGUGUGGAGAACAUCCACGGGGCUGAGUUCCCGAUGGGCUUUGACGAGAAAGAGCUUCCGUUCAACCUCGCGAGCUUCAAGGACUCGUUUGACGUGAAGAUUGUGCGCGUAACACCGACAGACAUCGAGUUUGACCUUAUCGGCGUGCCGACGGUGGCCAUCGAGAAGGUGUACAUGAUCAACAACACGGGUAUCGUGCAGGACGAGGUUCUUGCACACCGCCUGGGUCUGAUUCCAAUCAACGCGGAUCCGACAGCGUUCCAGUGGAAGCGGCCGACAGACUUGCCGACCGAUCAAAACACCGUUGUGUUUAAGCUGGAAAUUGCGUGCUCGAAGAACAACGAGGCAGCGGAUGAUGAGGCUGACCCGAAGAAGAAGUACGUGAACAGCGCUGUGUACUCGCGCGACCUUGUGUGGGACCCCAAGGGUGACCAGGCAGAGAGGUUCGCCGAUAAGCCGAUCAAGCCGAUCCACGACGACAUUCUGAUCACGAAGCUGCGCCCGGGCCAGUCGAUCUCGUGUGAGAUGCACUGCGAAAAGGGCGUCGGCAAGGACCAUGCCAAAUUCUCGCCGGUGGCCACAGCCUCGUACCGUCUGCUGCCUGAGAUUCAGAUCCUCGAGGAUAUUACCGGCGAUGAUGCGGAGCUGUUCAAGAGCUGCUUCGCGCCUGGUGUCGUUGAAGUCGUCGAGGAGGGUGGCGUGCGGAAGGCAAAGGUGGUCAACCCGCGCAAGGACACUGUGAGCCGGGAGGUGCUGAGACACAAGGAGUUUGAAGGCAAGGUGCGCUUGACGCGUGUGCGCGACCACUUCAUCUUCAAUGUCGAAUCGACGGGCAUUAUUGCACCAGAGGAGCUGGUUGCCCAGGCUAUUGAUGUGCUGGUGGAGAAGUGCGACAUUGUGCAGAAUGCGCUGGCCAACAUUGGCAAGAACAGCGAGGACGACGAGGAGUAAAGUUCCACAUUUAUUUCCACAUUUUGAAAAUAACACGUCUCAUAGCUUGGAGGUGAUCUCAGGGUAUGCCGCGGGAUCGAGCGCGC